AGCAGCUACUUUAUGCACUGCAAAAGUGAAAAUAUCGUACUAGUAAAAAUCGCAUGACAAAUUUCCUCAGCAUUAGAAAUGCGUUUUGUAAUGCGGAUUUCACUUGACAAAGAGAUUUGUAAUGCAUAAAUGCGAUUAGUACGAGUGCGAUAGUUUUGCGAUGCAUAUGCUUCGAACCUUGGCGAUUUCCGCACCGAGGGACGGAUUACUCCAGCGGGCGCUCUGCCGGUACCUGGAAAUCAUUUUCACCCACUUAGACGAGGAGCACGAUUUGUGCAACGCCGAUUUCGGGACGAAGACGAGCAACGACGAGAGGGACGCGAUUUUACCGGGUGUGUACGCGAUGAACCAGCUGUGCAAGCUGUGCAUGAGCAUGAAUUUAUCCAUGACCGAACUUUUGUCCGUGGUGGACGAUUUGAACCUGGUCCGCGCGGGCCUCUUCCUCGACGCUCCGUUCGGGGAAAACGAGACGAAAAUAGGAAUGAACGGGCCGAUUACGAAUGCGAACGAGAAGAAAAAGAAGAUGAAGGAGCAGCUGCUAGGCAUGCAACAAUUGCAGAUGAUGAGUAACGAGC